UCAAGUUCGCAUAUAAAGCUAGAUAUCCCACCGAGAAAAUCAAUUUCACAAACUAAUCAGCCUUGCUAAGUAGAGCUGACCGUAAUAGAUUAUUGCAAAGAAGAGUUUGCAGAGACCAUUCUCAAGUGUGCAUAACAAGAAAGCCACAACUCCUUUGUUCAGAGAUGAUGUCAGUCAACCAACACGGAAGCCUUUAUGAUCUGCAGGACGAUAGAUUCUCCAGCUCACCAAGAUCUGAUUUUUACCUGGACCUACAGCAAGAGAAGCUCAAGCAACUAAAGCCACACUACUCAAUCGCCUCAAGUCAAUCCCUCAACCUUUCACUCAACACUCCCGAUAUCACUACCCUGCUCUCAGACGUUGCAGCUCAGAGCUCGUCCAUAACUACUCAAGCUCCCACACCUAAUUCAUUCUUUAGAAGCCAAGUAACACAAGAGCAAGAGAUGUAUGCUCAGGGAUUUCUCCAGGCUCUCGAUGAACUCCACACAACUGUGAGUGGACCCAGAGACCUAGUGAGAGCUCCAACUGCAGUUACUCUACCACAGCAAGAGAUGCCAAGACAGCCCGCUGCUGGCAACCACCAUAAAGUGAUCUCAAGUGCCCCUGUGGUACACCAUCAUCUACCAUCACCACCAAUUGCAAUUGGUUCGAACCCAACCCUCGAAGCAGUGUCACCGUACGUGACAGCCACUCUCGAUUUCAUUCCCAACAUCCCCUCCUCCCAGCCUGAAGCCACUUCCGCAUUUAUGAGUCGAAGCGGUUCGACUAGUCUGAACUACGCUACAAACUCUUACCCUCACUUCAGCAACCUAUACCCUGGAAGUCAAGCAGUGGACGCUUACAGUGGCUACAACACAGCCAUUAGCAGUGCCGCUCACAUUAUGCCUGCUCUCCCCUCAUCCCAAGUACGAGAUCUUCAAAAUGUGGUCCCGGCCGAUAUGCAUACCCAAGAACAGAUGAAAGAGGAGAGGAAGAAAGCACGCAAUCGAAUGGCUGCUUCCAAAUGCCGUCUCCGAAGACUGCAACGAGAAUCUGAACUGCAAGGAAAAGUGAGGGUCCUGAAAGAACACAACCAAGAACUAAACUCUGAGGUCACUGAUCUACGAGACCAAAUAACCAGUCUGAAGCGUGCUCUGAUCCAGCACAUGAAGGGCGGAUGUCAUGUUAAUUUCCCUGAGGGCUAUGUAUUAGACUCAUCUGAGUAAUUUUCUAUGUUUUGUUGAAUGUAUGUAUGUUUCUUUUUUUCUUUUUCACAAUACUAGACACACACAUUGGACGUUUUAUACUUUAUUACUGACCUGUAUAACAUUAUUAUUGACAAUCCUAAAUCUUUGUAUGACUAUAGAAUAUUGAAUGAUUAUUUUACAUUGGUUA